AUGACCGAUGUAUUCGCAUCGAGCGUGUCAGCAGCUACGACCGUAUCCGAGCUCUACGCAGAGAACAUCAUAGCGAAAGCGCUCCGCAUCGCACAAACCGCUGUUGGAGCACUUCCAUUCGCCUUUCCCGAGAUCGUGCCUCAGACAAUGGAGUCAGAUGGAACGUACAAUCUGCGCGAAGCCAACUUCUGGACUUGCGGCUUCUUCCCUGGCACAUUGUACCUUCUCCUCGAGCGGCUGAUCAGGUUUCCGCAGAGUAUAAAUCUCGAUGAUUCUAACAUUCGUCGUGAGGAUGUGCGUAGUCAGCUCACCACUCUGUGUCGCACGUGGAGUGAACCUAUCCGUGGUAUGGACACUCGGACUGAUACCCAUGACAUUGGUUUCAUCGUCAUGCCCGCACUGCGGUUGGACUGGGAACUGUUCGGCAACACACAAAGCCUGGAGUCAAUUGUUCGUGCGGCGCACAGUCUGGCAACAAGAUACGUGCCGUCUGCCAAGGCCAUAAGGAGCUGGGACCUGUUGAAGAAGAAAGACAUCGAGAUCUUAGACCAAACCGACAACAUGAUCGUCAUUAUCGACAGCAUGUGCAACCUGGACCUGCUUUACUACGCAUCUCAUCAUGGCCAGCACCCAAGCCUAGCUGAUCUGGCGACGGCGCACGCUCUCACCCUGCUAGGAUCGCACUUGCGCCCGGAGCCCGUACUGUCGUCAUCGAAGGAUGCAUACAGUGGCCAGUGGUAUUCGACGUGCCAUGUGGCGAACAUUGAUCCCAAGACUGGAGAGCUGAAGCGUCGGUUGUCGGCCCAGGGCUACGCACACGAGUCAACGUGGUCUCGGGGGCAGGCCUGGGGCAUUCUUGGAUAUGCUGAGACAUAUGCUUGGACCAAAGACCGUCGGUUCUUAGAGGCCUCCUGCGGGCUCGCGGAGUACUUUCUGUAUCGACUAGAGACAGCGCCUUCCUGUGUCAGUAUCAAAGGUCGUCAUGUGCCUUUGUGGGAUUUUGAUGCGCCCAUCGAGGACGAGGAGAGCCCGCUGCGAGAUUCUUCCGCUGGUGUCAUAGCGGCGAACGGUAUGCUCGUACUAUCGCAGGCGUUGGCCACGAUUGAUCAGCCGGCACUAUCAUUACGAUAUCGUAAUGCAGCGCUAAGAAUCGUGCGAGACAUCUUGGAUUUCGCCCUUGCGCCCGAGAAGGCACGUCUCGUGUCAGCGCCGUACCAGCAUGUCCGAGCGGAGGAAGAGCGGUCUGGUGUACGUUUCGAUGGUAUGUUGAAGUUCGGCACAGCGAACAACAACGCGCAAGCGAGGAAACGCUACGCGAACCAUGGGUUGGUGUAUGGCGACUACUAUCUAGUCGAGUUUGGGAAUCGGCUGCUUCGGAUGGGAUUGCAUUAG